GGCCGCGCCUCCCUCAGCGCCAUCCUCCCGCUCUGCCCUAUUGUUCUCCCGCCUGUCGCUCGCUCCCUCCCUGCGCCGGGGCUCGCGUCCUCCCUGCGCUCUCCUCCAUCCCUCCCUCCAUCCCUUCCUCCUCCUUCUCGCCGCCGCUCCCGCCCCGCUCCCCGGAGCUGAUGUCACGCACCCGCUGAAGGCGCGGGCGAUCAUGGCUGCUGCGGCCGCGGCCGUGCCGCCGGCCUCCAGCUAAUGCCCGCGAUGGAGCCGGCCAGCCUGCUGCGGUUCCUGCGGAAGCUCAAGGAGGUUUUCGAUGUGUGCGAUGAGGAUGCGGACGGCUUCAUUCGCGUGGAGCACUUCGUGGCCCUGGGGCUGCAGUUCGGCCAGGGGGAUGAGGUGGAAAAACUGGCAAAGUACUUGGACCCGAAUGAUUUGGGAAGAAUCAAUUUUAAGGACUUCUGUCACGGAGUUUUUGCAAUCAAAGGCUGUGAAGAGUUACUAAAAGAUGUCCUGUCUCCUGAAAACUCAGAGCCCCAGCACUACCAGCCACAAUAUGUUGAUUACUAUUACCAGGGCACUGAAAUCCAGGACUGUGCCUACCUGGACAGCGAGAGCACGUCCAGCGAGCCGGAGCUGUUUGCGGAUGAGGAGGGGAUGACUCUGGCGCAGCAGGAGGUGCACCAUGAGUCUGACAUGGACAGCGCCAUCGAGAGCGCCCAGAGCUCCGAGGCCUCGGACGUGUGUCGCAGCGAGGACAAGGACAGCGUGCUCGGCGGCCUCUUCCUGCCCGGGGACAAGUCAAGUCCUCACAACCCUUCUGCAGCAUCUGACCUCUCCACUUAUUCCACCGCCUCCCUGAUCAGUAAUGAAGAGCAGUUUGAAGACUAUGGGGAAGGAGAUGAUGUGGAUUUUACUCCCAGUAGCCCAUGUCCUGAUGAUGAGACCAGAACCAACGCCUACUCUGACCUUGGCUCAUCUGUCUCUUCCAGUGCUGGCCAAACCCCCCGAAAAAUGAGGCAUGUUUAUAACAGCGAGUUACUGGAUGUUUACUGCUCACAGUGCUGCAAAAAGAUAAAUCUCCUCAACGAUUUGGAAGCCAGGCUGAAAAACUUGAAAGCAAACAGCCCUAACAGGAAAAUAUCAAGCACAGCUUUUGGAAGACAACUCUUCCACAACAGUAACUUCAGCAGCAGUAAUGGCAGCACAGAAGACUUGUUCAGAGACAGUAUAGACUCCUGUGAUAAUGAUAUCACUGAAAAGGUCACCUACCUAGAGAAGAAGGUGACAGAACUGGAGAACGAUAGCCUGACAAAUGGUGACCUGAAGAGCAAACUGAAACAAGAGAACACCCAGCUGGUUCACAGAGUUCAUGAACUAGAGGAAUUAUUGAAAGACCAAGAAACAUCAGCAGAACAGACUCUGGAAGAAGAGAUAAAGAGACACAGAGAAGCUUACAGCAAGUAUGAAAAAGAGAAAGGCACUGAAAUUGAACUGCUAAAUACAAGGGUUCAGCAACUGGAAGAAGAAAAUGGUGAUCUGAAAAGCACUGUCACACGGCUGAAAUCCCAAACAGAGAGAUUGGAUGAGGAGAGGCAGCGCAUGUCAGACAGGCUGGAGGACACGAGUCUGCGGCUGAAGGAUGAGAUGGAUUUGUACAAGAGGAUGAUGGACAAGCUGAGGCAGAACAGGCUGGAAUUCAACAAGGAGAGGGAAGCCACACAGGAGCUCAUCGAAGACCUGCGGAAGGAGCUGGAGCACCUGCAGCUGUACAAGCUGGAAUGUGAACGUCCUGGACGUGGCAGAAGCUCUUCCUCCAGCCUGAGUGAAUUCAAUGCCAAAACCAGAGAGGUGGAAAUGGAGCAUGAAAUAAAACGGCUGAAGCAGGAGAAUCAGAAACUUCGUGACCAAAAUGAUGAUCUGAAUGGACAGAUUCUCAGCCUCAGUCUUUAUGAAGCUAAAAACCUCUUUGCAACACAAACCAAGGCCCAGUCACUGGCUGCUGAAAUCGAUUCUGCAUCGAGAGAUGAGCUCAUGGAAGCCCUCAAAGAACAGGAGGAGAUAAAUUACAGAUUGCGACAGUAUAUGGACAAGAUAAUUUUGGCAAUCCUGGACCACAAUCCAUCUAUCUUGGAAAUAAAGAAUUGAAGAGAAUAUGAGAAGGAAAAGCAGCAACUGCCUGAUAUUUCUGCACAUGCCACUGGAUCUGAGCAGCACUCUGAUACUGUAAAUGAACCUAUAAAUGAUAUAAUACACACUAGGUGUGAGUGUGGGUGCGCGGGUGUGUUUCUAUGAUGUUUGGUACACUGUUAUUUGUCAUUGAAUUGGCUUGGUUAGACUUUUUCCAUGCACUUUCAAUACCUGUGAUGAGAUGGAUACUGUAUAUUAAUGUCAUAACAAUAUAACUGGAUCAUGUUGUUUUAGAUACUGGACAAAAUGACUCUACCUCUAGUUGUAAAGGUAAAAAUAGACAAUGGAAACAUAUGGAUGUGGCCCUAACUUUAGGAGCAAGAAUUUUUUUCUUUGUUCUUCCAGGAAUUUGGGUACCACAAACCAAUUGACAUACCCAGGUUCAGUUCCUGACUGGUGCUGACUGUAGUUUCCUAUUUGAUUUAGUUUUAGUACUUAAACCACACAUCAGAUUA